UGUCCAUCAGUGCCAGCAGUCAGUGCUCAUCAGUGCCACGUGCCAGUGCCCAUCAGUGCCACCCAUCAGUGCCAGUCAGUGCCACCUAUAAAUGCCAAUCAGUGCUGCCAAUCAGUGCCACCUAUCAGUGCCAGUCAGUGUCGCCUAUCAGUGCGCAUCAGUGCCGCCUAUCAGUGCCAGUCAGUGCUGCCUAUCAGUGCUGUCUAACAGUGCCAGGCAGUGCUGCCUAACAGUGCCAGUCAGUGCCGCCUAUCAGUGCCAGUCAGUG